AUGAGGCUGUGCGUGGGCCCCGGCCCACAGGCCUACAGCACGCGCGAGGUGUAUCCCUGCAACCGCGUCUCCAUCCCUGUCCGACAGAACGGGCCAUCGGCGAGUGGUCCCGCGCCCCUGUGCCCGGCGGCCAAAGUGCACGCGAUCGCCAUGAAGGUGCGGGCGCAGCACCUCACCAACCUGAUCAAGGUGGCAAAGCAGUGCGGAGUUGGUGAGGAUUUCGGCUCCAUCGAUGUGAUGGAGGUGCGCUGCACCACGGAGUUGCCACCGGUUCCAGAGCCUGAGCCAUUUCCCUCGAGCUGCUGGCAGGGAUGCGGGCAGAGGUGGAAAGAAUUCAACAGCACGACGUUGGACCGCAUGUCAACGCUUGAGAUCCACUCCGUCAUCGUGGGGAACAGCUACAUCAGCUUCAACCACGUCGCGUGCAUCACCCUCGCCUCCGGAAUGGCGGCGAUUGGUUUGGUCACAGACAGUAGCGUCUUCGUCCUGGCGGCCUUUUUCGUGUCGCCGUUGAUGCAGAUGGUCCUGGCGACGGUGUGGGGCCUCACAGUCCAAGACUUCGCUUUGGCGUGGCGAGGAUUCCGAAAUAUGUGCUUUGGGGCUUUGAUCUGCCUGGCUCUUGGAUCACUCUUUGGACUGCUCAUCGGGGCCUUGUCCGGCGAAAAGGACUUGAUUUCCCCGAUCGGGGACUACCGAGGCUCCACCUCGUUUAUCUCCAUCAACACACUGCAGAUCACCUCGCGUGGCCCUCCCGCAGGCAACGUGCUCAUGUCAGCCAUCGUGGCCGCCCUUUCCGGCAUGGCGGUGGCAUUAGGCCAGGGAAGCGGCAUCUCAAGCGCGCUGAUCGGGGUGUGCAUCUCCACAUCGCUACUGCCGCCUCUGGUGAACGCCGGGAUGAUGUGGACCUUACAACUCCGCUUCCCCAAGCUCCGCAACAAAGGGGGCUUCUGCCUCAGCGAGAUUGGCGCUUUCUCCGUGUACCUCUACCUAACGAACAUCGUCUGCAUCGUGGCCUUCGCCUGGGCCGCCUUCAAGUUUAAGCACAUCGGCGGCCGGACAUUGCGGCCCAUGGCCCGCGCACCAGACCUGCAAGAGGAAGCAGAUCCUGCCCAAAUCACGCCCGGGGUGCUGCGCGCCUUCAGUCGCGACCUGAGUGCAAGGGUCGGCGGCAGCCAGACGCAGCUGUUGUGA